GAGAGUGCCGUUCUCAAAUUUUGUUUGUGUUAAUUAUAUUUGAUUCGGAGUGUUUAUUAAGUUAUUUAGCUGAAAAUGACGAGUAAUUCGUCUUAUAAUAAUGAUAAAGUGGUUCAAGGCGAGGUGGAGUAUCCUGCCACCGAUCCGGCGUCCGGGGCGUUCUUUCAGACGGAUUAUAAAAAGAAUGAAGACCUGAAGAUGAUGCUCGAUGGCUCGAAGGAUUCCUUGAAGCUGGAAGCCAUGAAGCGGAUCAUUGGAUUGAUUGCUAAAGGCAGAGAUGCAUCUGACCUCUUCCCGGCAGUGGUGAAGAAUGUGGUUUCCAAAAACAUAGAAGUGAAGAAGCUGGUGUAUGUGUACCUGGUUCGGUACGCUGAAGAGCAACAGGACUUAGCGCUGCUGUCCAUUAGCACCUUCCAACGAGCCCUCAAGGAUCCGAACCAGCUCAUCCGCGCCGGCGCCCUGCGCGUGCUGUCCUCCAUACGCGUGCCAAUGAUAGUGCCCAUCGUCAUGUUGGCUAUACGCGACUCCGCAUCCGAUAUGAGUCCCUAUGUGAGGAAGACAGCCGCGCACGCUAUACCUAAACUAUACAGCCUAGACCCGGAGCAGAAAGAAGAGCUAGUGUCGAUAAUAGACAAGUUAUUGUCAGACAAGGCUCCUUUAGUCGUCGGCUCGGCUGCUAUGGCCUUCACCGAAGUGUGUCCCGAACGGAUGAGUCUCAUACACCGCAGUUAUAGAAAAAUCUGUUCGCUGCUAGCGGACGUGGAUGAGUGGGGCCAAUUGACUCUGCUCAAUGUUCUGACCGUGUACGCGAAGACCUUCUUCCCGGACCCCAACGAUGAGCAAUAUUCGACGGACAGCGACGAGCCAUUUUACGAGUCGGACAGUGAAACUGACGGGGUCCCCAAGAAGCGGCCCCAGCGCGCCGCCCCUUUAGACCCAGACCACAGAUUGCUGCUCCGCGCCGCAAAGCCGUUGCUGCAAAGCAGAAACUCGGGUGUGGUUAUGGCGGUAGCCCAACUGUUCUACCACGCGGGACCAGCGCAAGAGUUGGCGCCGGUGGCUAAAGCAAUGAUUCGUCUCCUGCGCGCACCUGUGGAAGUACAGAGCGUCGUGCUCAACUCUAUAGCGUCGCUCACUGUUAAUAAACGAACUCUAUUCGAGCCGUUCCUGAAGUCUUUCUUCGUUCGCAAUUCCGACCCCACACACCUCAAGCUACUCAAACUGGAGAUCCUGACAAACCUGGCUACGGAGACCAGUGCCGCUGUGGUCCUUCGUGAGUUCCAGACCUACGUCACCUGCUCUGAUAAGGUGUUUGCUGGGGCCACUAUCCAAGCUAUCGGGCGAUUGGCCGUGGCCAUACAAGGCGAAGCUGAGACCUGCUUGAAUGGUCUUCUAAAGUUACUCAGCAGUAAAGAUGAGUGGGUGGUUUGCGAAGCGGUUGUGGUGGUGAAGCGAGUGGUGGGUGGUGGGGCCACCUCGGCGCGAGCUGCCGUCGCUCGAGCAGCCAAACUGCUGCGUUCUGACAGAUUGGCACCAAAUGCACGAGCGGCUGCGGUUUGGUUGGUGGCAGAGCACGGCGCCGAACAUCCCCGAGCGGCCGCCAUCUUAGCUCACAUGGCUGGCAACUUCGCGGACCAGGAUGAACUAGUGAAACUCCAGCUUCUAUCCUUGUCUGUCAAGUUAUCAAUCACUCAACCAGACACGCUGCCAGUGUGUCGCUAUGUAAUGACUCUCGCACACUACGACGCUAGUUAUGACGUACGUGACCGAGCGCGUAUGCUGCGACGCUUUGUAUUACAGGACAACGAGUUGUCUAAACACAAGGCAGAGAUUUUCCACGUCCACAAACCGAAGCCGCCGAGUCAGAGCAAUUUCAAAGAUCGCGAACAGUUCAUCUUCGGCUCCCUAUCCCAAUACAUCGGUACCACAGCGACCGGUUACCGGCCCCUGCCCACGCCCCCAGAAACGGUACAAGGCGUGCGACUACGAGAGCCCGCGCAAGAGGUAGAAGCGCCCCCUAACAAACACGUCAGCAUACUUUCACAGAAAGACAAGACGUUCUACUCGGAGCCAGAAAGCAGUGGGACCGGGUCUUCGUCAUCAGAGGAAUCCAGCUCGGAAGAGUCCUCAGAUGAAGAGGACAGCAACGAUGCGGAAAAGAAAGUUGAAAAAGCGAAAGAGGCUAAUAACUAUAACAGCAACUCUGGUACUUCGGACAGCGAUUCCGACAGUGAGUCUUCAAGUUCUGACGAAGAAAGCGGCUCGGACAGUUCUGCUGAGAGCAGCGAACAUUCCACGGAGGUCAAGGAAAAGGUGCCCGAAAAAGCAGAAUCCAAGCCGAAGUCGGAGCCCAAAUCGAACGAGAAGUCUAAUUUGGAACUGUUACUCGAGUUGGAUGAAGUCGCCAGCUCCCUGCCCACUAUGACGCCCACUUGUGGGGGCUUCCUGUCUCCGCCCAGCGUUGGGCCUGGGGCUAUUGGGGAUGACGCGAUCACCCCCGUCUCACCUGCUUUCACCCCCACCACAACCACGGAAGUCAUCUCCAGAGUGACGUCCCGCGGGCUGGGCGCCGCGCGGCGCUGGACGCGGGCGCCGCAUCUCUACUCGCCCGCCAUGUGCGCCAUCGAGAUCACCUUCACCAACUGCACCCAGGAGGACAUCGGGAACAUCAGGAUUAAUAAGAAGACAUUAACAGGGUCCCGUUCCAUCCACGACUUCGCGAGCAUAGCCGGCCUCGCUCCCGGCGCGUCCGCCAGCACCACUCUCGGAGUAGACUUCCAAGACUCCAUACAGCCUGUUGAGUUCACAGUUAUCUCUUCACUAGGCGAAGUGUCGGUGUUGAUAACGCCACCUGUCGGCGAACUGAUGCGAGCAGUCACGAUGUCAGAAGCACGGUGGGAUACGGAACAGAAGAGACUGCGUGGCAUGACAGAGUGUGACAAGAAAGCGGUAAAGUUGGAAGAUGAAGCGGCGAUCUGCAAGCGAGUCUUCGAAACGGCGAACCUGGCGGCCAUUACGGUGGAAGGGGAAUUCCUCAGAUUUGCUGGCCGCAUGAUGUCAUCUCAAGACCUGGUGUUACUCUCAGUGAAGAUCGACUCUGACUCAACCCGAGUAACUGCAAACUGUCCAAAUAUGGCCAUCGCCUCUCUCUUAGCCAAUCAGGUGGCUCAGGCUUUCAACGCGUAGAUCAAUUAAAUGUUAUCCUCCUUAUUCAUAAACGUUUACUAAAGUCAAAGACAUGUAACUCCGUAUAGACAGCUAAAGCCUAAGAAAAAAAUGUACCUCAAAACCAUACAGAAAAAGGUACGGUGACCUAGAUGGCGAUACA